AGUGUUAAACGAAAGUUUCACCACUUUAGGGUUUUUGAGAGGGUUUAAGCGUUUUUACACUAAUGGCUUUCGGUGUCAAGCAAAAGGAAGAAGAAGAAGCACCUUAUAGAAUGGAAGAAGACGAAGAUGAAGAAGAAGAAGAAGAAGAAGAAGGAGAACACGUAUGGGACGAUUGGGAAGGUGAGGAGGGAGAGCGUGAAUCGGAAUUCGCUUGUCUCUUCUGUGAUUCCCACUACAGUUCGUGCGAUUCCUUGUUCGACCAUUGCGCCUCCCUUCACCACUUCGAUUUCCACACAAUUAGAGCCACACUUAACUUGGAUUUCUAUGCCUCCUUCAAGCUCAUCAACUUCAUCCGCUCUCAGGUGGCAGAAAACAGAUGCUGGAGUUGUGGGUUAACAUUUCAGUGCAAGCGUGACUUGCAGAAUCAUUUGCAUGAUGUAGUUGAUUUUAACGAGAUAAAGACUCUGUGGAAUGAUGAUAAGUAUCUACUACCUUUCAUGCAAGACGAUUCACUGUUGUACAGUUUUGGCGAAUGUGAUGAGGAAGGUGAAGAUGAACAAAUUUCUAGUAUUGAUGAAGAUCUUAUAAAGGAUUUGAUGAACAUUGAAGAGAGUAUCCGUGACGAUCAAGAUGCUAUGAAGACAGUGGUAGUUGAUGACAAACAUGAUGCUUGUAGAAGAAACAAUAUUGCUUCCAUUUCUAAUGAUCAUUUGAACAGGGCUAGUUCUUCAAACAAGGAACUUACUAAUGGUGAUGGCUCAAGACAUGUUUUGUGUAGUGAUAAGGAUCCAGAAGGAGGGCAUUUGAUGGGUAAUUCUCAAAAUCACAUUGUAAAGCAUAUUAAGAAGGUUAAUGAAAGUUAUUUUGGGUCUUACAGUUCAUUUGGCAUCCAUCGAGAGAUGUUAAGUGAUAAGGAAAGAAUGGAUGCUUAUGGCCAAGCAAUUUUGAAGAAUCCCUCUCUACUAAAUGGUGCGGUGGUUAUGGAUGUAGGUUGUGGAACUGGAAUCCUCAGCCUAUUUUCAGCAAAAGCUGGGGCUACUAGGGUUAUUGCAGUUGAGGCUAGUGCCAAGAUGGCAGCAGUGGCAUCUCAGGUUGCAAAAGAUAAUGGUCUUUGGCUGAGUAAAAGCCACAGUGGAGUUGAUGGCUUCCAAAAUGGCGUCAUAGAAGUGGUUCAUGGUAUGGUUGAGGAGAUUGAUAAAACAGUUGAACUUCAACCUCACAGUGUUGAUGUAUUGUUAAGUGAAUGGAUGGGAUAUUGCUUGCUGUAUGAAUCCAUGCUUGGUUCAGUGCUUUAUGCACGGGACCGGUGGUUGAAGCCUGGUGGUGCCAUUCUUCCUGACACAGCAACUAUUUUUGUUGCAGGAUUCGGAAAAGGAGCCACAAGUCUUCCAUUUUGGGAAAAUGUGUGUGAUUUUGACAUGUCUUGCAUUGGGAAGGAGCUUGUCAUAGAUGCUGCUCAAAUUCCUAUAGUUGAUGUUGUGGACUCUCAAGACUUAGUUACCAGUUCUUCAAUUCUUCAGACCUUUGAUUUGGCAACCAUGAAGCCCAAUGAAGUGGAUUUCACUGCAACUGCUACUUUGGAACUGAAACCGAGUGCUUCACGGAACAAAGUGACACAGUUAAAUUCCAAAACAUGCUGCUGGUGCUAUGGCGUUGUCCUAUGGUUUGAAACUGGAUUUACAAGCAGAUUCUGCCGUGAAACACCGGCUGUGUUAUCCACAUCCCCUUACACACCAAAAACACACUGGUCACAAACAAUCUUAACCUUUCGAGAACCUAUUGCAAUGGGACCUGGAAAAGAAAAUGGGGGUAAACUGGAAGCAAUCGGCACUGACGUGUAUCCUGCUGUGAAGAUUGAUUUACGUGUCAGCAUUGUCCGCUCUACUGAGCAUCGCAGCAUUGACAUUUCCUUAGAAGCUGCUGGUGUUGGUCAUGAUGGUCACAAACGCAGUUGGCCUGCUCAGAUUUUUACUCUGCAGUAGGAAGCAUCAUGCUAUUGUAGCAAAGAAUAUUGUGCAACAGUUUCUCUUGUUGACAACAGUUAAAAUCAAUUUUCAAAUGUUAGUUAUAAUUGCUAAAAUGUAGGUUUCUUGCUCGUCGUUGAAUGCCAGACUCUGCCCUGUCUAAUUAAACAGGGAAUGUAUUUCUUCAAUUCAUAUUUAUGCAUUUCACAAAAACAUAUGUGCA